CCACCUGCGAACUGCUUUAAACGUUCGAAAUCACAAAAGCAGUCUAGAAAGCAGAAUUUGCUCCGGUUGUAAAUCGUUUAAAGGGACUCAAAAAGUUUAUUGGCGAAAAGCGGACGUCCAAAAUGUUUCCACAGCGUACGGUUCGCCUUCAGUGUGGCCAAGCCUCUCAAGUCUUGCAUGUCCUGGGUACUCAGCUGCGGGUCGACCUGAGCAGGUGUGCUCCUCAUGGUACUAAGUUUUUCAAAGCCCAAUGGACAGAUGUGUUGGACUGCAGAAUUUCUCCUGGUGUCACAGGUCCAGGCGAGUGGCCAUUAGCAAAAAUGACCAGCAUGCUUGUGAGUGUGGGUGCACCAAGCAAGGAGGCCAGUGAUGCAAAGGUUUCUGUUUCUUAUUUUGGCACUAGUAAAGAAGAGUUGGGGAAAGCUAUUUUGCACAUAACAUCCAUUGGAAUCUCUUUAGAUGUUGAUGCAGAUCGAGAUGGUGUGGUGGAAAAGAAUAACCCAAAUAAGUCCUCCUGGAAGUGGGGCCCUAAAGGGCAUGGAGCCAUCCUUCUGGUCAACUGUGAUACAGAGGAAAAGUUUCUUCACCGUCCCGACUUUGAGAGCAACACUAUUAGUAAACUUUCAGAUCUGGAGGAUAUGUCCCGCAUGAUUCUGCGGGUCAGUGGCCCAAAAAAUCUUUCCAAAGAUUACAAACUGAUGUUGCAUAUUUCCCAGGGGGAUGCAGACAAGAUAAAGAUUUUUCAGGCAAUCAAAAAUCCCAGACCUGCUUACCCUUAUGUGCUUGGCCAGAAAAGGCUAUCGCACAUUGUCAAGUAUGAGGGUGAAGAGACAGAGUUCUUUGUGGAGGGAUGUCGGUUUCCAGAUGAGGAUUUUGAUGGCCUGGUGACAAUCUACCUCAGUGUUUUGGAACCACUUUUCAGUAACUUUCCCGAGACACCUAUUUUUACAGACAAGGUGGUGUUCAGAAUUGCUCCCUGGAUCAUGACCCCCAAUACUUUGAAGCCCAUAGAGGUAUAUGUGUGUAGCACAUUUGACAAUUCCAGCUUUCGGAAGGGAAUUCAAGAGGUAGUGGACUGCAGCAGUUGCAAAUUGAAAGUGUGUAGCUGGAUUGAAAAUCGAGGAGAUCGAUGGAUGCAGGAUGAGCUUGAAUUUGGAUAUAUUGACUCUCCACAUAAGAGCUUCCCUGUGGUUCUUGACUCUCCACGGGAUCGUGGACUUAAGGAAUUCCCUUAUAGAGAACUACUGGGUCCGGAUUUUGGCUAUGUGACUCGAAUGGCAAAAAAUGAAACCGUGACAAGCCUGGACUCAUUUGGUAACCUGGAGGUGAGCCCACCAGUCACAGUUAACGGCAAACAGUACCCACUUGGUAGGAUCAUUAUUGGAUGUGCCUUUCCAACUGCUGAAAGUGGACGAAACAUGACCAGAGUUGUCCAGAACUUCCUGCGGGCUCAGAAGGUUCAAGAACCCAUUGCACUCUUCUCUGACUGGCUUUAUGUGGGUCAUGUUGAUGAAUUCAUGACAUUUGUUCCUGCUCCCAACAGAAAGGGAUUUCGCCUGCUACUUGCCAGUCCAGACGCCGGAAUCCAGUUAUUCCAAGGCCUGCAGAAGAAGGGUCAUGGAACACUGAAAAUGUUUCAAGGAAUAAAAACUGAAGAGGUUACUGUGGAUCACAUUUUGAGUGAUAAAAAAUUAAAGAAGGCAAAUGCUUUUGUGCAGAGCUGUAUUGAUUGGAACCGGGAUGUGCUGAAGAAAGAGCUGGCACUUGAAGAGGAGGACAUCAUUGAUCUUCCUAUCUUAUUCACGUUCCACACUGACGGGCGGGCUGUAGCCUACUAUCCUGACAUGGUGAAUAUGAUUGUUCUAGGAAAGAAUCUCGGUAUUCCCAAACCAUAUGGACCACAGAUAAAAGGAAAGUGCGUGCUUGAAGAGGAGGUGCGCUCACUGCUGUCAGGGCUAGGACUUAACUGUGUCUUCGUUGAUGACUUUGCUUCUUAUCACAAGAUGCUGGGGGAAGUGCACUGUGGGUCCAAUGUUAGGCGGGAAACCUUUACCUUCAAGUGGUGGAACAUGGAACUUUAAAAACAACUCCUCUUCAUACGAAUACAUUCAUUUUUGUGACGGUGACCAUUAGUUAACUGAGCAAUAUAAAAAUCUCUGUACACCCAUUAAAGGUAUGGAGGUUUACACUGACACAAGUCUCACUCUUAUGGAGUAGAUUGAGCUAAAAUAAGUUUGUUUUAAACUAGACAUGUCAAACUCAAAUUCUGGAAGGCACAAGUAGCUAUAGCUUUAUGUUCAAGACACAUGAUUUAGUAGCCAGUUUCUACUGGUAAGUGUGUUCUGAUAUUUUUCCCUUCAUUUUAAUUAACUUGAACAUUUUGGGACAUUUUUCCCCUUACCACAAACUAAACGAGAGAAAGCAAGCCAACAGAUCAUCUAAUUGACUGAUCAAUCUAACCUGUAUCUGUUCCAUUAAGGGUUGUCAGAACCAGCUAAGUUCCAUUAGGGUUAAUAAAGACUGUCACUUGUUAAA